AUGGCCUGUUAUCCAAGAAUUCCACACACUCCUAAUGCAGAUCUCAACAGUCAGCUGAUGGGAUGGACUCGUGUCGGCAACUUCACCGCCGUGGAGACCCUUCUCGAUACCCCAGAGGCAACGGAUCUCCCCAAGUAUGGUCACACGGCGCUCCAUGAGGCUCUCAGGUACAACCAACUCGACUUGCUCCGUUACCUGAUUGCCCGUGGAUUUGAUGUCAAUCAAAAGGGUCCCAACGCAUAUGGUGAAAUCUGCCUUACGCCCCUGCACUUUGCAGCCGCAGGGAAUUCCGCCGAAGCGGUGGAUAUUCUCCUCGACGCCGGGGCCAAUGCGACCGUGGACGACUCUGCGGCAGAUGGGUCGUCGGUGCGCGGCGUUUUCGCGACAGGCGGGGAUAGAGGGCCACAUACGCCGUUUCUGGCUGCCGCAGUCUGGGGCUCGGACGUCGCGGUGCAGCGCUUGAUUGAUCGGCUGCCGCCGGGCACCAUCGCGGAUCACGAAUGGCCCCUGGCCUUGAGUGUAGCCGCGCUGUAUCGCCAGCCCAAAACUCUGGCCAUCCUUCUCCGUCACUACCCUGCACCGGGGGUGCCACAAGCGAUCCUUGACCGGGCUCUGGCGGAGGCUGCUGCCAAGGAGGACUACAACGCCGACCUUUCGAUAUUGAUGCCCCUGGCCUCGGAAUCGUGGCAAAGGGGACUCGAGACCGUCCGGCUCUUGCUCGCCCACGGGGCUCGCCCGAAUCCGCCAUCACAACUCCCCCGGUCCAUCUAUCGAUCCGAGAGGGUCGAGCCCGGACCGAUCAUCGAAGCGGUCGUGGAGACCUCCAUGGGCAUGGAGAUGCUUCGGAUGCUCCUUGACCACGGCCUGGAGCUCCCUGAGCCCUCGUCCGCCGGGAGAGACGGAGAGCCCAGCCUCUUCGCCCUGGCGGUAGAGAACGGAAACCCCGAUCUGAUCCAUUUCUUCUAUGAGCAUCAAGCAGCCGUGCUGGAUGUCAACGAGGAACUCCCAGAGACGCACCUCUGGACAGGCGGGUCCCUGCUGCAUGCCGCCGCGAAGAACGGCCGCCCAGAGACGGUCCAGUUCCUGCUGGACCACGGAGCAGACCCUCUUCAGCUGAACGGGCAAGGAUGGCUCCCCGUCCACCAAGCGUGCCAGCAACGUCACUUCGCGGUGAUUGAACUUCUAUGGCCGUGCAGCAGCAGCUCGCCCACCAUACCCGAUCUGGCGAACUACCGCACACAGGAUGGAAACACGGCGUUCCACCUUGCCCGCUGCUGGGGCGCGGCCGACGACCCCGCAGUCGAGGCGCUUAGCAUGCGCCUCUUUUACUUCUUCAAGGACAAAGGUGCCGAUCUCAGUAGUCUGGAUGCCCAUGGGAAAAGCAUCCUCCACUAUAUUCCAUUCUUUAAUGGGAAGCGGUUCUGCGCCAUAAUGGAGGCAGGCGUGCGGUUGCGACCGGAUUCCCAGGGCCAGACAGAGCUUCACCUCGCCAUGCGCAGACCGGACUGGGAACUACGUGAUGUAAGAUUUCUGUUGACGCAGGGUGCCACUAAGGAUAUCAACGCGCAGGACAACAGAGGCCGCACCCCGCUGUACUUUUACCUGGAGUGUCAUCGUUAUAAUCCAGACCGAAAGCACGCCGACCAACAGAUCCGGCCGGUGGUUCUGGAUUCCUUAAUGGAGGCUGGGGCGGAUGCAGAUAUCCCCGCGGCAUCGGGGAAGACUGCCAGGAAGGUCGUAGAGGCCAAGGGAUUCCCGUAUGAUUUUGACAGAUGGAAAGCUACAGUGUAA